GGGCAGUCAGUUGGUCGGCAGUCACUGUGGUUGUGUGUCACCGUAAAAAAACUGUCCUCCACAGUGUGAGGGCGCGAGGGGGCGGCAUGGCGGACCAGGAGAGCCCCCGCUCGGGACGAUCCCCCUCGUCCAAAUCCAAGCACGGCGCCGGCUCAGGGAAAAAAAAGCACAAGGGCAGGAAAGGGAAAGCCCUGGCACGGGUGCAGGAGGUUGAGGAGCUGCAGCCCAGUGUGGAGGUCCUGGACCCGAGCGGUCAGAUGGAGGUGCCCGAAAUGGCGGACGAGGGCUUGUACAUGAGGAGACUGAGAGAGCGCUUUAAGAGGUGCGUGGACCUGCGGGGCGUGGCGGGCGACUCCUGGACCGAGGAGAACGACCAGGCCCUGGACAGCUUCUCCUCGGACGCCUCCCUCCUCUUCCUCGUCGUGUACCUGGACCCCUCCUCCGGUCUGCGGGUGGACUUCAGCCUGCCUGCGGAGCAGAUGGAGGAGCAGGUAGCCUACUUCAUCCGGACGGAGGAGGCGGUGAUCGUGGAGGAGAACUUUGAGCGGCUGGUGCACUUCGGCCGGCUGUGGGCGAGGGGCAUGGAGCAGCUGCUGUGGCACCUGAACGGGGUGCACGUGCCCCUGGUCACCCUCAACACCGCCUGGCCCGAGAGCAUCAAGAACAACUACUGCGCCAACCUGCACCGCUUCCUCACCAACCUCACAGACACCCGGUUCAAGCUGGAGGGGAAGACCGUGCUCUACAUCCCCAUGGAGGCUCUGCUGUUCAAGCCCGAGGUGGCGGCCAAGGACAAGGAGCUGGUGCAGAGGAUGGAGGUGGUGAUGAUCCACUGGACGCGUCAGAUCAAGGAGGUGCUGAACGCCCAGGAGACGCUGGAGACGGGCGAGAGCUCGGGCCCCCUGGAGGAGAUCGCCUUCUGGAGGAGCCGCUGCCUGGACCUGACGGGCAUCGGCCACCAGCUGGAGAAGCCGGGCGUCAGCCACGUGCAGGCCAUCCUGCAGCUCUGCAAGUCCACCUACAUCCCGGCCUUCUGCAAGCUCACCAAGCACAUCCAGGAGAGCUCGGAGCAGGCCCAGUCCAACCUGACCUUCCUGUCCCUGCUGCGGGGGCCGUGUGAGGAGAUGGCGCAGCUGAAGCCGAGGGAGGUGGGGCCCAAGCUGGCCCACGUCCUCCAGCUGGUGCGCUUCAUCUGGACCAACUCCAAGUUCUACAACACCCGCGAGCGCCUCAUCCUGCUCUUCCGCAAGCUGAGCAAUGACAUCAUUCGGCUGUGCUGUCGGGAGAUCUCUCUGGACCGGAUCUUCGAGGGCUACGUGGUGUCCAGCAAGCAGACGCUGGCCGAGUGCAUGCAGUGCUGCGUCAACUGGAAGGACAUGUACUUCCACACCUCCCAGCUGCACCACAAGUACUCCAGCGAGGGCUGGGUUUUAGCCCCCACCAGCAUCUUUGCUCUGGUGGAUGCUUUCAUUCAAAGGUGUUUUAUUCUCCGCCAGGUGUGUGACUGCCAGAAGCACUUUGGCCGCUGGGAGGAGGGGGUGCAGGUGCCCCUUCCCUGUUUCCAGGGGAAACAGGGGGAGGAGCUAGCCCGCAGCCUGCUGGACAUCGAGUCCGCCUUCCACAGCUGCCUGCAGACGCUCAGUAAGAGCGGCCAGGGCAUCCUGGACGUGAAGAACACCACCUGGCACGACGAGUACAACCUGUUCCGUGCCUGGGUGAAGGAUCUGGAGGUAAUGAUGCAGAACCUGAUUUGCAAGGCCUUUGAUACGGUGAACACAGUGGAGGAGGGAAUCCAGCUGCUGGACAUCUUCUAUCACCUGUCAGCCAGAGAGUCCAUAAAGCACACCAUUAACCUGAAGAUGACGGAAGUGUACGGGAUCUUCAGUAAGGAGCUCAACACCAUGAACAAGGAGCUGAGUAAGAAGGUCUGCCUGCUGCCCGCCCACAUCCCGCAGCACGCUGGCCGGGCCCAGUGGACCAUGGCCCUGCGCCGCCGCAUCGAGAAGCCUAUGGAGGUGCUGCAGAAGGCCCACUUCAUGCGCGCGAGCAGCGACCGGGAGGAGGUGGAGCAGGCGCACGCGCAGCUGCUGCAGGCGCUGGACGAGCGCGCGCGCCGCGUCUUCGGCGAGUGGAGCCGCGGCCUGGACCACCAGAGCCUGGUCCGCCUGGAGCAGCCGCUCAUGAGCCGCUGCCGGGACCAGCCCAGCAAGCUGGACGUCAACUUCAACAAGAUCAUCAGCGCCCUUUCCCCAGAGGAGCUGGGCCUGUUCCGGGAGCGCAUCCGCUGCCUGGACAAGACGUUCCAGCCCGGCCUGUCCAAGCUCCUGUGGGCGUCCCGCCCCGAGGCGGCCAGCUUCUUCACCAACGACUGCCGCGUGCAGGCCAGCAAGGUGCAGCAGCUGGUGGACGAGUACAAGGCGGCGAACCUGGCCAUCGCGCGCAUCUGCCGCCACAUGAGCGAGCUGCUGCUGGUGAGGAUCGACGGGAAGACGGUGUACCAGGACCUGGAGUUCCAGGAGGACCAGCAGGCCCACCGGCAGAGCCAACAACUCCGCCUGCGCUCCGCCCACCACGACAUCGUCUCCGUCAUGACCCGCAUCUACGAGACCUUCCGCUCAGACGGGCCCGAGGUGCAGGAGCACUGGGUCUCCUACACAGAGAACAUGGACGUCAUGGUGGAGGAAGCCCUGCGCCUCAACAUCAAGAGGUCCCUGCUGGAGCUGUCCAAGGCCGUCAACGGAGACAGCAAGACCACCCCCAACCCCCUCUUCAGGGUGCAGGUGGUACUGCAGCAGGCCGCCCCCGGCGCUGUGGAACAGGUGGAGUUCUCCCCGUCGCUGCAGAGCCUGGCGGACAGCGUGAACAGCAUCAGCAGCCAGCUCAUCAGCACCAUCUCCGUGUUCAGGCGCCUGCCCGACCUGCUCACGCCCCAGCGCUCUCAGAAGAGGCCCAUGCACAGCAUCAUCGAGCAGGACGAGGAGAUCUGCAAGAUCCAGGCCUCGGUGGCGGCGGGGAUGGUGGCCAACAGGACGCACCUGCAGGCCUACCUGAAGACCUGGGACAAGCACCGCGAGAUCUGGGAGAUCAACAAGGACUCCUUCAUCCGCCGCUACCAGCGGCUCAACCCGCCCGUCUCGUCCUUCGACGCCGACAUAGCCAGGUACACGGAGGUGGCGAAUAACGUGCAGAAGGAGGAGACGGUGCUGAACGUGCAGUUCGUGCUGCUGGACUGCUCCCUGCUCAAGUACUCCCUGGUGCAGCACUGCAACGACUGGCAGGAGAAAUUCACCCAGCUGCUCAACGUCAUGGCAACCAGCCGCCUGCAGGACCUGCACUCCUUCCUGCGGGACAACGGGCAGAGGCUGAGUCGGCCUCCUCAGACUCUGGUGGAGCUGGGGGACAGUCUGAAGCUGCUGGAGGUGCUGCAGGGGGACCUGAGUAAGCUGGAGAGCCAGAUUCCCCCCAUUCAGGAGCAGUUCACCAUCCUGGAGAAGUACGAGGUCUCUGUGGACCCUGCUGUCCAGGAGAUGUUGGCCAAUCUGGGCGGGGAGUGGGUGCGGUUCCAGCAGGCUCUGCUGGACAGCGAGGCCAUGCUGAAGAAGAACAAGGAGAGGUUCAAGAGCAGCCUCAUCGUGUCGGCCGAGGAGUUCAAGAGGAAGAUGCACGGCGUGGUGGACGACUUCCACGAGUCAGGCCCGUUCAGCAGUGCGGUCCCCUCGGCUGCAGCUCUGGAGCAGGUCUCCGCUCUGCGCUCCCAGCUGGAGACCCUGAAGGAGGAGGAGCUCACCAUCCGCCACGGCCUGGCCAUCUUCAAGAUCGAGCAGCCGCCCUCCAAGGAGGUGCACAAGAUGGAGGAGGACCUGGAUCUCCUGCAGCAGGUAUGGCAGAUCAGACAGGAGUGGGAGGAUCACUGGGAGGAGUGGAAAGUGGGCCAGCUGGUCGCCCUGGAGACGGAGAGCAUGGAGAGCACCGCCCAGCACAUGUUCAAGAAGCUGCACAAACUCAGCCGUGAGCUCAAGGAUAAGAGCUGGGAGAUCAUCGGCUCCUCCAAGAAGAGGAUCGACCAGUUCAAGAAGACCAUUCCCCUCAUCGCUGACCUGCGGAACCCUGCCAUGCGGGACAGGCACUGGGAGCAGAUAAAAGCAGAGGUGCAGCACUCCUUUGACCAGGCCGGCUCAGACUUCACCCUGGAGAAGAUUGUGGCCCUGGGUAUGCACCUCCAUGCGGAGAAGAUCAGCGAAAUAUCAGGAGCCGCCAGCAAAGAGCUGUCCAUCGAGCAGUCUCUGGAGGACAUCGCAGCUGCAUGGGAGGAGACGGUCCUGGACAUCGCACCUUACAAAGACAAGGGUCACCACAGGCUCAGGGGCACGGAGGAGGUGUUCCAGGCGCUGGAGGAUAACCAGGUGACCCUGUCCACCAUGAAGGCGUCCCGCUUCGUGCGCGCCUUCGAGAAGGAGGUGGACCGCUGGGAGCGCUGCCUGUCCCUGGUGCUGGAGGUCAUCGAGAUGAUCCUGACCGUGCAGCGCCAGUGGAUGUACCUGGAGAACAUUUUCCUGGGGGAGGACAUUCGGAAACAGCUGCCCCGGGAGACCACGGAGUUCGACAAGAUCAACUCCAGCUGGAAGACCAUCAUGGACCGGCUCAGCAAGGACAACAAUGCGCUGAGAGGGACGCAUUACCCAGGACUGCUGGAGAAGCUGACGGACAUGAACAGCAGGCUGGAGGAGAUUCAGAAGUCCCUGGACAUGUACCUGGAGACCAAGCGGCAGAUCUUCCCUCGCUUCUACUUCCUGUCCAACGACGACCUGCUGGAGAUCCUGGGACAGGCUCGCAACCCGGAGGCGGUCCAGCCGCACCUCAAGAAGUGCUUCGACAACAUCAAGAGCCUGAGGAUCAGUAAGAUGGGGAUCAGCAGCAAGUCGGAGGCUAACGGCAUGUUCUCGUCGGACGGGGAGUUUGUGGACUUCACCCACACAGUGCUGCUGGAGGGGCCAGUGGAGGCCUGGCUGUGUGACAUAGAGCACACCAUGCGCUUCACACUGAAGGACUGCCUGAGGAACUGCCGCAUGGGCCUGAGGAAGAUGACCGGGAAGAGAGACAAGUGGGUGAGAGACUGGCCUGGGCAGAUGCUCAUCACUGCCAGCCAGAUCCAGUGGACCACCGACGUCACCAAGUCUCUGAUGAUCGGCAAGGAGCGCGCAGACAAGACGGCCCUCAAAUCCAUGAAGAAGAAGCAGGUGUCGAUGCUGCGGCGGUACUCGGAGGCCAUCCGCGGGAACCUGUCCAAGAUCCUGCGGCUGAAGAUCGUGGCGCUGGUGACCGUGGAGGUCCACAACCGCGACGUCAUCGACAAGCUGGCCAAGGCCGGGUGCUGCGACGUGUCCUCCUUCGAUUGGCUGAGCCAGCUGCGUCUGUACUGGGAUAAGGACGUGGACGACUGCAUCAUCAGACAGACCAACACGCGCUUCCUGUACGGAUACGAGUACCUGGGCAACUCCGGCCGCCUGGUCAUCACCCCCCUCACUGACAGGUGCUACAUGACCCUAACCACGGCCCUGCACCUGAACCGGGGGGGCUCCCCCAAGGGCCCGGCCGGCACGGGGAAGACGGAGACGGUGAAGGACCUGGGCAAGGCCAUGGGCAUGUACGUCAUCGUGGUCAACUGCUCCGAGGGCCUGGACUUCAAAUCCAUGGGCCGCAUGUACUCUGGCCUGGCUCAGACGGGCGCGUGGGGCUGCUUCGACGAGUUCAACCGCAUCAACAUCGAGGUGCUGUCGGUGGUGGCGCAGCAGAUCCUGUCCAUCCUCUCCGCCCUGGCCGCCGGGGCCACCAACUUCACGUUCGAGGGCCGGGACAUCCGCCUGGUGUGGUCCUGCGGCAUCUUCAUCACCAUGAACCCCGGCUACGCCGGGCGCACGGAGCUCCCAGACAACCUGAAGUCCAUGUUCCGGCCCAUCUCCAUGGUGGUGCCGGACUCCACGCUCAUCGCCGAAAUCACGCUGUUCGGGGAGGGCUUCAACAACUGCAAGAUGCUGGCGAAGAAGGUGUUCACUCUGUACUCGCUGGCGGUGCAGCAGCUGUCCAAGCAGGACCACUACGACUUCGGCCUGCGCGCCCUGACCUCGCUCCUGCGCUACGCGGGGAAGAAGCGCCGCGUCUGCCCCGACAGCGGAGACGAGGAGAUCCUGCUGAUGUCCAUGAAGGACAUGAACAUCGCCAAACUGACGGCUGUCGACCUGCCGCUCUUCAGUGGUAUCGUCCAGGACCUGUUUCCUGGCGUGGACACCCCCACCAUCGACUACGGAAAGCUGCAGAAAACCAUCGAGGCGGAGCUGCGGCAGAGCGGCCUGCAGGUCACGCCCUUCACCGUCACCAAGGUGAUCCAGCUGUACGAGACCAAGAACUCCCGCCACUCCACCAUGAUCGUGGGCAAGACCGGCAGCGGCAAGACCGUCACCUGGAGGACGCUGCAGAGCGUGCUCACCACAAUGCACCGCAAGGGCGACCCCAGCUACAACGUGGUCCGGGAGUGCCCUCUGAACCCCAAGGCCGUGAGUCUGGGGGAGCUGUACGGGGAGUACGACCUCUCCACCAACGAGUGGACGGACGGGGUGCUGUCGUCCCUCAUGAGGGGGGCCUGCGCAGAUGAAAAGCCAGAUGAGAAGUGGAUCGUGUUCGACGGGCCGGUCGACACUCUGUGGAUCGAGAGCAUGAACUCCGUGAUGGACGACAACAAGGUGCUGACGCUCAUCAACGGAGAGAGGAUCUCCAUGCCAGAGCAGGUGUCCCUGCUGUUCGAGGUGGAGGACCUGGCAGUGGCCUCUCCCGCCACAGUGUCCCGCUGCGGCAUGGUCUACAACGACUACAGCGACCUGGGCUGGAGGCCCUUCGUCCAGUCCUGGAUCGAGAAGCGCAACAAGGUGGAGGUGGAGCACCUGAAGCGCCUGUUUGAUAAGUACAUAGAGCAGACCAUCAGCUACAGGAAGGCGCACUGCAGCGAGCUGGUGUCCAUCACGGAGCUCAACGGCGUGAGCUCGCUCUGCAGGCUGUACGACGCGCUGGCCACGCCCGAGAACGGGGUGAUGCCCUCAGACACUGAGCACUAUGGUCGCAUGGUGGAGCUCUGGUUCCUCUUCAGCCUCAUCUGGUCAGUGUGCGCCUCUGUGGACGAGGACGGCCGCAAGAUAAUGGACAACUACCUGCGGGAGAUAGAGGGGACCUUCCCCAACAAGGACACUAUUUACGAGUACUACAUCGACCCCAAGAACAAGUCCUGGGCCCCGUUUGAGGAUAAACUGUGCAAAGGGUGGCGCUACCCCUGCAACUCUCCCUUCUACAAGAUCAUGGUGCCGACGGUGGACACGGUGCGGUACAACUUCCUGGUGAAGGCCCUGGUGUGCGGGCAGUACCCGGUGCUGCUGGUGGGCCCCGUGGGCACGGGCAAGACCUCGGUGGCCCAGAGCGUCCUGCAGGGCCUGGACCCCUCCAAGUGGGCCAUGCUCACCAUCAACAUGUCCUCCCAGACCACCUCUAACAACGUCCAGGCCAUCAUCGAGAGCAGGGUGGAGAAGCGCACCAAGGGCGUGUUCUUCCCCGUGGGGGGCAAGCGCAUGCUGGCCUUCCUGGACGACCUGAACAUGCCGGCGCUGGACGACUUCGGCUCCCAGCCCCCCCUGGAGCUGCUCCGCCUCUGGAUCGACUACAGCUUCUGGUACGACAGGCAGAAGCAGACGAUCAAGUGCAUCAAGGACAUGUUCCUGAUGGGAGCGAUGGGGCCCCCUGGUGGAGGGAGGACUCACAUCUCCGAUCGUCUGCAGAGUCGCUUCAACCUGAUCAACAUGACCUUCCCCACGGAGUCUCAGAUAAAGCGCAUCUACGGGACGAUGAUCAACCAGAAGCUGCAGGACUUCGCCGAGGAGGUGAAGCCCAUCGGGACGAUCCUGACCCAGGCCACGCUCGAGCUGUACUACGCCAUCGUCGGCCGCUUCCUGCCCACCCCCGCCAAGAUCCACUACCUGUUCAACCUCAGGGACAUCUCCAAGGUGUUCCAGGGGCUGCUGCGGGCCCACAAGGACUACCACGACACCAAGCAGAGCGUGACUCGCCUGUGGAUCCACGAGUGCUUCAGGGUGUUCUCAGACAGGCUGGUCGACCAGAGCGACCUGGAGGCCUUCUUGGCCAUUCUCGCUGAGAAACUGGGCUCCCUGUUCGACCUCACCUACCACAACAUCUGCCCCAACAAGCAGCCGCCUCUCUUCGGGGACUUCCUGAAAGACCUGAAGGUGUACGAGGACCUGGCGGACUUCAAGACCCUGAAGAACUUCAUGGAGUCCCAGCUGGAGGACUACAACCUGACCCCCGGCAUGGUGCCCAUGAACCUGGUGCUGUUCCGGGACGCCAUCGAGCACGUAAUGCGCAUCGUGCGGGUGAUCAGUCAGCCGCGGGGCAACAUGCUGCUGGUGGGCAUCGGGGGCUCCGGCCGGCAGAGCCUCUCCCACCUGGCGUCCGCCAUCUGCGAGUACCACGUCUUCCAGGUGGAGGUGACCAAGCAGUACCGCAAGCAGGAGUUCAGAGAGGACAUUAAGAAGCUGUACCGCCAGGCCGGCGUGGACAACAAGCCCACCGUGUUCCUGUUCAACGACACGCAGAUCGCGGACGAGUCCUUCCUGGAGGACAUCAACAACAUCCUGAGCUCGGGGGAGGUCCCCAACCUCUACAAGGCCGACGAAUUUGAGGAGGUCCAGAGUGCUCUCUCCGAUGCAGCCAGAAAGGACAAAGUGCUGGAGACCGCAGACUCCAUGUUCACAUACCUGAUUGAGAGAGUGAGGAACAACCUGCACAUCGUGCUCUGCAUGAGUCCUGUGGGAGACCCCUUCAGGAACCGGAUCCGCCAGUACCCCGCGCUGGUGAACUGCACCACCAUCGACUGGUUCUCCGAGUGGCCGCGGGACGCCCUGCUGGAGGUGGCCGAGCGGUACCUGGAUGGGCUGGUGCUGGGGGACGUGGAGGGGAUCCAGAACAAGGUGGCCAGCAUCUUCGUGACCAUGCACCAGUCUGUGGACCUGUACUCCCAGAGGAUGAAGCUCGAGCUGAAGAGGCACAAUUACGUCACUCCCACCAACUACCUGGAGCUGGUGGCGGGGUACAAAAAGCUUCUGCUGGAGAAGCGCAAGGAGGUGGGAGACCAGGUCUCCAAGCUGCGGAACGGCCUGUACAAGAUCGACGACACGCGGGUGAAGGUGGAGGCCAUGUCCGUGGAGCUGGAGGAGGCCAAGAAGAAGGUGGCGGAGUUCCAGAAGGAGUGCGAGGCGUACCUGUGCAUCAUCGUCCAGCAGAAGCGGGAGGCCGACGAGCAGCAGAAGACGGUGAGCGCUCACAGUGAGAAGAUCGGCGCCGAGGAGAUCAACUGCAAAGCCAUGGCAGAGAACGCGCAGAAAGACCUGGACGAGGCCCUGCCUGCUCUGGAGGAGGCCAUGAAGUCCUCUCUGCCAGGCGAGUCCAAUUUCAUCAAGCAGCUGGUCAACUUCGACAAGGACAACAUCUCGGACCGCGUGCUGAAGAAGAUCGCGCACUACUGCACGCAGCCGGACUUCCACCCCGAGAUCAUCGGCCGCGUGUCCCUGGCCGCCAAAUCGCUCUGCAUGUGGGUGCGGGCCAUGGAGGUGUACGGGAGGAUCUUCAGGGUGGUGGAGCCUAAGAGGGCUCGACUGCAUGGGGCCAUGUCUCAACUGGCAGAGAAACAGGCAGCGCUGGCAGCGUCACAGGCCAAGCUCAAAGAGGUGGGAGAUAAGCUGGAUCUGCUGAAGAGGGACUACGAUGAGAAGCUGGCCCAGAAGGAGGAGCUGCGGAUCAAGUCCGAGGACAUGGAGCUGAAACUGGACCGGGCCGGCAAGCUGGUGUCCGGCCUGGCCGGGGAGAGGGUCCGCUGGGAGGAGACCGUCAAGGGUCUGGAGAAGGACAUGGGAUUCCUGGUGGGGGACUGCCUGCUGGCUGCAGCCUUCCUGUCCUACAUGGGCCCCUUCCUCUCCAGCUACAGAGAAGAAAUGGUCAUCAGCAUCUGGAUGAAACAGUUCGCGGAGCUGCAGGUGCCCUGCUCCCCCUCUUUCAGUUUCGCUCUGUUCCUGUCCAAGCCCACCACCGUCCGGAACUGGAACAUCCAGGGGCUGCCGUCCGACGCCUUCUCCACCGAGAACGGUGUCAUCGUCACCCGUGGCAACAGAUGGCCGCUAAUGGUGGACCCUCAAGGACAGGCACUGAAGUGGAUCAAGAACAUGGAAUCGGAACGGGGCCUGAAGGUGAUCGACCUGCAGAUGCCGGACUUCCUGCGCACGCUGGAGAACGCCGUGCAGUUCGGCUCGCCCGUCCUUCUGCAGAACGUGCAGGAGGAGCUGGAUCCCUCCCUGGCGCCCAUCCUCAACAAGUCCCUGAAACGCGUCGGGGGGCGUUUGCUGAUGAAGCUGGGGGAUAAAGAGGUGGAGUACAGCCCGGAGUUCCGCUUCUACAUCACCACCAAGCUGUCCAACCCGCACUACACGCCUGAGAUCUCCACCAAGACCACCAUCGUCAACUUUGCGGUCAAGGAGCAGGGUCUGGAAGCCCAGCUUCUGGGGAUCGUGGUGAGGAAGGAGCGUCCGGAGCUGGAGGAGCAGAAGGACUCCCUGGUGAUCAACAUCGCCACCGGCAAGAGAAAACUGCAGGAGCUGGAGGAUGAGAUUCUCAGGCUGCUGAACGAGGCAACAGGCUCCCUUCUGGACGACGUGCAGUUGGUUAACACACUGCAGACCUCCAAGGUGACGGCCAAUGAGGUGACAGAACAGCUGGAGACCAGCGAGCAGACAGAGAUCGAGAUCGACACGGCCAGGGAGGGUUACCGGCCGUGUGCCCAGCGGGCCUCCAUUUUGUUCUUCGUGCUGAAUGACAUGGGGAGGAUGGACCCCAUGUACCAGUUCUCCCUGGACGCCUACAUCGACCUGUUCAACCUGAGCAUCGAGAAGAGCCAGCGCAGCCCCAACCUGGAGGAGAGGAUCGAACACCUCAACGACUACCACACCUACGCUGUGUACAGGUACACCUGUCGCGGGCUCUUCGAACGGCACAAGCUGCUCUUCAGUUUCCAGAUGUGCACCAAGAUCCUGGAAGUGGCCGGGAAGCUGCACAUGGAUGAGUACAGCUUCUUCCUGCGUGGGGGGCUGGUCCUGGAUAAGGAAGGACAGAUGGACAACCCGUGCAGCGGCUGGCUGUCAGAUGCUAACUGGGACAACAUCACCGAGCUGGACAAGCUGGGCAACUUCCACGGGCUCAUGAGCUCAUUCGAGCAGUACCCCCGAGACUGGCAGCAGUGGUACACCAGCGCAGAGCCCGAGAUCGCCGCUCUGCCCGGCGAGUGGGAGAACUCGUGCUCCGAGCUGCAGCGCAUGCUGAUCGUGCGCUCGCUGCGGCAGGACCGCGUCUCCUUCUGCGUCACCUCCUUCAUCAUCAACAACCUGGGCGCCCGCUUCGUGGAGCCGCCCGUGCUCGACAUGAAGGCCGUCGUGGAGGACUCCACCACCAGGACGCCCCUGAUCUUCGUGCUGUCCCCAGGCGUGGACCCCACGGGGGCGCUGCUGCACCUGGCCGAAAGCUCGGGCAUGGCCCAGCGUUUCCACGCCCUCUCGCUGGGGCAGGGACAGGCCCCCAUCGCCACCCGCAUGAUCAAAGAGGGGGUGAAGAGCGGUCACUGGGUGUUCCUGGCUAACUGUCACCUGUCCCUGUCCUGGAUGCCGCAGCUGGAUAAGCUGGUGGAGCAGCUGCAGGUGGAGGAGCCCCACCCAGACUUCCGCCUGUGGCUCAGCUCCUCCCCCCACCCCGAGUUCCCCAUCGCCAUCCUGCAGGCUGGCAUCAAGAUGACCACCGAGCCCCCCAAGGGCAUCAAGUCCAACAUGAAGCGGCUGUACCAGCUGGUGACGGAGGCGCAGUUCAGCCGCUGCACGCGGCCCCCCCUGUACCGCAAGCUGCUCUUCGCCCUCUGCUUCUUCCACAGUGUCCUGCUGGAGAGGAAGAAGUUCCUGCAGCUGGGCUGGAACAUCAUCUACGGCUUCAACGACUCCGACUUCGAGGUGAGUGAGAACCUCACCAGCCUCUACCUGGACGAGUAUGAGGAGGUCCCCUGGGACGCCCUCAAGUACCUCAUCGCCGGGGUCAACUACGGGGGUCACGUGACCGACGACUGGGACAGGCGGCUGCUCACCACCUACAUCAACGACUACUUCAACGAGAACGCCGUGGCAGUGCCCUUCUUCAAGCUGUCCUCCCUGCCCACGUACUACAUCCCACGGGACGGCCCGCACACGUCCUACCUGGAGUACAUCAGCAUGCUGCCCAACAUCGAGCACCCGGCGGUGUUCGGCCAGCACCCCAACGCCGACAUCGCCAGCCAGAUCGCCGAGACGCGCACGCUGUUCGACACGCUGCUCUCCCUGCAGCCCCAGGUCACCAGCGCCGCCGCCAGCGGGGCGGGGCCCAGCCGCGAGGACAAAGUGCUGGAGCUCUCUGCUGAUGUGCGACAGAAGAUCCCGGCUCAGAUGGACUAUGAGGGGACCAGGCAGCUGCUGCAGGACGACCCCUCUCCCCUCAACGUGGUGCUCCUGCAGGAGAUCCAGAGAUACAACGCCCUGCUACACACCAUCAAGUCAUCCCUGGAGGAGCUGGAGAAGGGGAUCCAGGGCCUGGUGGUGAUGUCCAGUAAUCUGGAGGAGACCUUCCACUGUAUCUAUGACGCCCGCGUACCUCCACUGUGGGAGAAGGCGUACCCCUCCCUGAAGCCACUGGCCUCCUGGACGCGGGACCUGUGCCAGCGCGUGGAGCAGUUUUCCCGCUGGGCAGAGACCUCCUACCCCCCCACGCUCUUCUGGCUGUCCGGCUUCACCUUCCCCACCGGCUUCCUGACCGCCGUGCUGCAAGCCUCCGCACGCCAGCACAACGUCUCCGUGGACACUCUGUCCUGGGAGUUUAUCGUCUCCACAGUGGAUGAUGGCAACCUCCUGUUUCCCCCUAAGGACGGGGUGUUCAUCCGGGGCCUGUUCCUGGAGGGGGCGGGCUGGGACAAGAAGAACUCGUGCCUGGUGGAAGCAGAGCCCAUGCAGCUGGUCUGCCCCAUCCCCACCAUCCACUUCAAACCCGUGGAGGCCCGCAAGAAAGUGGCCAAGAGUAUGUACUCCUGCCCGUGCUACUACUUCCCGGUGCGCUCGGGGGGGGCGGGCCGCCCCUCCUUCGUGGUGGGGGUGGACCUCAAGUCCGGAGCCGUCUCACCGGACCACUGGAUAAAGAGGGGGACCGCUCUGCUCAUGAGCCUGGAUCACUAGGGAACAGUGCACCAGGCCUGGAUCACUAGGGAACAGUGCACCAGUCCUGGAUCACUAGGGAACAGUGCACCAGUCCUGGAUCACUAGGGAACAGUGCACCAGUCCUGGAUCACUACGGAACAGUGCACCAGUCCUGGAUCACUAGGGAACAGUGCACCAGUCCUGGAUCACUAGGGAACAGUGCACCAGUCCUGGAUCACUAGGGAACAGUGCACCAGUCCUGGAUCACUAGGGAACAGUGCACCAGUCCUGGAUCACUAGGGAACAGUGCACCAGUCCUGGAUCACUAGGGAACAGUGCACCAGUGCACACACAGACUACACAUUCACUACACACAUACACUACACGCAUACACUGUAUACACACACGCACAUACACUACACACACACACUAUAUACACACACACACAGAUUACACAUUCACUACACACAUAUGCUACACGCAGACUACACAUUCACUACACACAUACACUGUAUACAUACACACACACACACUACACGCACACUAUAUACACACACACAUACACGUGCACACACGCACACACACUACACACACACAUACACGUGCACACACGCACACACACUACACACACACAUACACUAUAUACACACUCACAUACACUACACACACACAUACACUAUAUACACACACACAUACGUGCACACACGCACAUACACUACACACACACGCACACAGUAUACACACACACUACACACACGCACACAUACACUACACACUAUACACACGAGCACACAUACACACGCACGCACUAUACACACACACAUACACACUAUACACACAUACACACAUCUGUAGUCAUAUUCACAUACACCUAACAUAAAUACAUGCACACAUCCCUAUUUGAAUACCCACAUGCAAACAUUGGUUCAAAUAAACACACUUUGCUGUAUGCACAUAUACCUAUACAAAUACACAUUUACAAGUAAAAACUCCCGCACACACUUACAGAAGCAAGCACACAGUAUUCAGGCAAUGCUGAAUGAAAGGAAAAGCAGGCUUUGUCACUUUAAAUCACAAUGUUUCAUCGGUUCACGUUUGUAUGUAAUUAUUUUAAGGGGGUUCUGAAGAAGCUUGAAGGCAGAAUGAACGCACUUCUUUAUCAGAUGUUAAACAUGCGGUUCUAUUUGUCUCCCGAGAGCAGUGGAUGGGAAAUAAAUAAAGAGGCCGUUCCCUCUCUCA